UGGUGAAACCAUUGAAGAAAUAAACACAAUUUUUGUUUCCAUUUAUCCAAAACGAUGAAUGUGCUCAAAACUUAUGGAGAAAAUUGCCAUCAAUUAGUACCUUCAUUAAUAAGUUCCAAAUAUAGAAAUGCAAAUGCUAAUCAUCUUGCAGAACCAUUACAAUUUGCUAAUAGAAGAAAGCAAAUGCAAGGCUUAGCACUGAGAGCAAGUAGUGAAAGGCGUAGUUUCUUGACACUAGAAGAAGCUGGCCUUGUCGAAGUAUCUGGCCUCAGCACUCAUGAACGCUUUCUAUGUCGAUUGACGAUUUCAUCACUCAAUUUAUUAAGAGUGAUAGCAGAGCAAGAAGGUUGUUCAAUUGAGGAACUAAAUGCUGGGAGGGUUUGUGAUUGGUUCUUGAAAGAUAAGCUAAAGAGAGAACAGAAUUUGGAUUCUGCUGUCCUUCAAUGGGAUGAAUCUGAUUUCCAACUAUAAUUCUAGCCUUUUUUAAGGGAUGGUAACGGGGUGGUACGGUUGCAGGGCGGUUAUGUUCACUAAUACUCCUACAUUGAAUGAUUAUGUUCACUAAUGCUCAUAUAUUGAAUAAUUAUGUUCACUAA